AUGUCGAUCAAGGUAGGAACCACCAAGUGUGAGGAGGUUGAAGCAAAUGCAACUCAACUUGCUAAUGACAAGAAAAUCUGCAAUCCCAAUAAGAAGCGCAAGUUAAAACCACAGUCUUUAGGCCCUAUCGCUUUGGUUCAUCAAGUGGCAUCAGAGGGAAAGGUUGAUGGUAGAAGAAGGAGGUCCUUACGAACAAAAUCCAGUGGCUUGAAGUCUGAAUCAUGUGAAUUUGUGAAUGACUUGCUCAAAAGAGAUGAUGGCGGAUCUCCAGUGACCCAUCAAGUGGGCCUAGAGGAAAAGGUCGUGGGAAGAAGAACUUCCUUCCGAACAAGAUCCUGUAGUUUGAAAUCUGAAUCACAUGAAUCUAUGGAGUUGCACAAGAUUGAUGAUGCCAUACUUCCAGUGACUUGUCAGGUGCCAUCAGAGGAAAAGAUUGAUGGAAGAAGAAAAUCCUUGCGGAGGAGAUCCGGUUAUUUAAAGUCUGAAUCAUGUGAGCCUACUGAGAACUCAGUCAAGAUGGAGGAUGCCAAGUUUUUAGUUUAUACGAUCAAGAAUGAACGAGAGAAAGAAAAAUUGAUCAAAGAUCUCCUUAACAAAAUUGGCUCAGAGGUAGGAACCACCAAGUGUGAGGAGGUUGAAGCAAAUGCAACUCAACUUGCUAAUGACAAGAAAAUCUGCAAUCCCAAUAAGAAGCGCAAGUUAAAACCACAGUCUUUAGGCCCUAUCGCUUUGGUUCAUCAAGUGGCAUCAGAGGGAAAGGUUGAUGGUAGAAGAAGGAGGUCCUUACGAACAAAAUCCAGUGGCUUGAAGUCUGAAUCAUGUGAAUUUGUGAAUGACUUGCUCAAAAGAGAUGAUGGCGGAUCUCCAGUGACCCAUCAAGUGGGCCUAGAGGAAAAGGUCGUGGGAAGAAGAACUUCCUUCCGAACAAGAUCCUGUAGUUUGAAAUCUGAAUCACAUGAAUCUAUGGAGUUGCACAAGAUUGAUGAUGCCAUACUUCCAGUGACUUGUCAGGUGCCAUCAGAGGAAAAGAUUGAUGGAAGAAGCAGAAAAUCCUUGCGGAGGAGAUCCGGUUAUUUAAAGUCUGAAUCAUGUGAGCCUACUGAGAACUCAGUCAAGAUGGAGGAUGCCAAGUUUUUAGUUUAUACGAUCAAGAAUGAACGAGUAAGCUAUUGCUCAUGGAGAUUGUUCUACUUCCUCCAUAUCAAAUAUUUCUGUUGAACGAGUAAAGAAUGAGAAGCAUAAUUCAAUCGAGUCUUCAGAACUCGGGAAUCGGGAGUGCCAAAGAAGAUCCUCUGUUGGAAGGCCAUUGCGGAAGGCGGCUGAGAAGGUCGGUUCUUGCAAAGAAAUGAAUCUGAAUGUAAAAAUGUGAAGAUCAUAGUACGAUUCUGGGCUAUCUGCUUACAUCACUAAAAUUUCAGAUGGUGCUAGCUGAGAGCUGCUGAUAUUCUUGGAUCCACUUAAUAUAUCUGCUAGAUGAGAGCUGGACAUGCCAAUGUUUUCUAUGUUCUUGAUAUUUGUGAUGACAUGGUGAAAUGUAUUACUGUAUUGUAAGAUUAAUUAGUAGGAACUCAUAGCUUAGUUUUGCAGCUUCUUUCCUUCCUUUUAGUUUGCCCUGCACAAAACAGGGAUAUUUUGAGACAAAAUAGUAGUAGCAUUAUAUUUUGUAUGAUUUGCUACGAUUGAAAUUUAUACUUGUCUCAAGGAAAAAAUGAUGCUUUGUUUUUUCU